AGUGCUUCAAGCAAGAGCAUCUCACAAAUUUCAUAAAAUACAUAACACACUAAAAAUAAAAAACUAUCCACUAUUCGUCUCUAAGCAAAUCAAAUUUCAUUAGUUGACGAACAGUGAAUAUAAUAUUGAGUUCGCAUAAUCGCGAGUUUCAAGUGUCAAACAUUAUUAUUAUUAUUAUUUGUGAUAUAAAAACAUAAAUAUAAAACAUGGCCACCACAAUUAGCCACGUGAUCGAGUACGAGAACGAGUUGAACGACAACCUGUAUAAUUUGAAGAUGUCAAUCGACAACAACAACAACAACAUCAUCAUCAACAACAACAACAACAAAAAAGUAAGCAACGCACGCCGUAUGAGAAAAAUGCUGAAACCAUUAUUACGUUAUUUGAAGAAAAAAAGCUCAAAAUUAUCAAAAAUAAAUCAAAAAUCAAAACAACAAAAAUUUGAAAUAUUUACUGAAGAAGUUGACAAUCAAAAUAAUUGUAAUGAAGCACUUGAACAACGACUUAUCACUGAUUUGGAGAAUGCAGAUGAGGGAGCAGCUAUUACUGUUUGUCUUGAUGGACAAAUGAUUGUUGUACCUGUUGUUCCUGGACAUCUUUAUGUACCAGUACAUUUUGCACAUACACAAGCUGGUGAUUUCUACUGGACACACAUUACACCUACUGACAAUGAUAUUUGCUACAAAGAACUAGCAUUUUCACAACAUCAAUUACCAGAAAUGCAAGUUGCCUAAGUUGUCUCAUCAGUAUUUGAUUAAUCAACUACCUCAACAACACAACAGUGGAUCAAUCAAUCAACAAGCAGUUUCAACUGUAAAACUUCAACAAACUGUGAUCAAUAGUUUUAAAAAUUUUUAUUUUUGACUAUUUUUUUUAAUUCUGAAAGUUGCUCACUUUAUUUUUCAAAUACCCUAAAUGUAAUACAAGGGUAUUUUAUACGAAAUUAUUAUCGUACUUGUGAUAUUUGUACCUAUUAUUAAUUAUUAAUGAAAAAAAAAAAUAUUUAUCAUGUGAUAUGAG